CUGGUUUUUACUUUUAUUUCAGCGGUGCUUCUGAAGACGAGACCAGAGGAGGAAUUGAAUCCAGUUCGAAUUGUGUGCCAAUAAACCAGUGCCAAGCCUUGAAGAUAAUGAUGAAAUGAAAGCUACUGGGAUUACUCUCAUUGUCCGUCCUUGGAACGAUCUCCACUCCAGUGAAUUUCCACAAACCAGAAACUAAGGAGGAGGUUCCAGCAGCGACAAUGAGCAUACACACAACCUUUACAUCUUUCCCUUCUUCAUCUUCUCAAUGGAAAUAUGAUGUCUUUCUGAGUUUUAGAGGUGAUGACACUCGCAAGGGUUUUACAGACCACUUAUACACUGCAUUGGAACAUCAAGGAAUUAGAAUUUUCAGGGAGGACCUUGAACUUCAAAAGGGGAUGGCUAUUUCUCCAGAGCUUUUGACUGCAAUUGAAGAGUUGAGGUUUGCACUCAUUGUUCUUUCACGAAAUUAUGUGUCAUCAACAUGGUGCCUAGAUGAACUUGUAAAGAUUCUUGAAUGCAUGGAAGAAACAAAAACAGUGCUGCCAAUUUUCUAUGAUGUUGAUCCCUCUGAUGUCCGAAAACAAACAGGAACUGUUGCAGAAGCCUUCAUUAAACAUGAAGAGAGGUUCGUGGAUGAUGCAAAGAAGGUACGAAAGUGGAGAGCUGCCUUAAAAAAAAGUAGCAAAUCUCUCUGGGUGGAAUUCAAAGGACUGGUACGAAUCAAAGCUCAUCAAAGAUAUUGCUGAAAUGUUACGGAGAAAAUUACUGUUUAGUUCAGUGGAGAACCAACUAGUUGGAAUUGAUUCAAGAUUGAAACCUAUCAACUUCCUCUUCGGUGCAGGGGUGGAUGAUGUUCGCUUUGUUGGGAUAUGGGGAGUGGGCGGUAUUGGUAAGACAACUAUUGCUAGAGUUGUACAUGAGAGAAUAUCUAAUGAAUUUGAAUUUAGUAUAUUUAUUGGCAAUGUUAGAAAUAUUGUUGAAAAAGGUGGUCUUGUUAGCCUACAGAAGCAACUUCUUUCUGGGAUAUGGAUGAAAAAGGAUGAUAUAUCAAACCUUCAUGAAGGCGCCAUGAUCAUAAGGAGGGUUUUAUGUCAGAAAAAGGUUCUUCUCAUUCUUGAUGGUGUGAAUCAUUUGGAACAAUUAGAAAGUGUGGCUGGAAAUCAUGAGUGAUUUGGUUUUGGGAGUAGAGUUCUCAUUACAACUAGAAAUGAGCAUUUGUUGAUCAAACAUGGAGUGGAGAGAAGAUUUCAGGUAAAGGGACUAAAAAGUGAAGAUGCUCUUCAACUGUUUAGUUGGAAAGCUUUUAAAAAGGAUUACCCUGAAAAGUAUUAUCUUAUUUUGUCUAAUCGCAUUGUGAGUUAUGUCAAAGGUCAUCCAUUAGCUCUUGAGGUCUUGGGAUCGUUCUUGCAUGGAAGAGGUUUAAGUGAAUGGAACAGUACGUUGGGAAAACUUGGAGUGUGCAACUUGGAAAUUUUUGAGGCAUUAAAAAUUAGUUAUGAUGGUCUAGAUGAUAAUGAGAAGAAAA